AUGGCCGACAACACAAACCCCAAGACAACUCCAGCACGCCGGAGAAAUGGCCGCGCGGGUGGCCGCGCUGGUGGUGGUGCCCAAAAGGCAUACGCGUCAGAGAAUGAUGCCGCCACUUUCGACGUCUCGCGCCAGCAUCAGCAGCAUGCCCACGCACCGUCAACACCCAGCAAGGCUCCCUCGGGCUCACCAGUUCCCGUAGAGUCCAGCGCCGCGCAUCCCGGCUCGAGGCAGCGGAACAGGAACAAGCAAAAGGGCAAGAACCCUCAUACGUCUCCCGAAUCAGCUCAGCGCAGGCGGCGAACGUCCCCUCAAUCGUCCAUGUCGACCAAGACGAGCAGCAGCGCUGCUUUUGCCGGUGCUACCUUCCACGCGUCUCCAGCCCCCUCAGCUCUUCCGAUACCGAGCUUUCUUUCAAAGGUGUCGAACCGUUCACCGGUCCACACCGAUGCGGCAGAGGUUGCCCAGCAGCCCUCUCCGCCAGCCACCGACAACGACGCGCCCACUCCGUUCCGCCCUUCUUCUGUGCCCCAAAGCCACGAGUCUCCCUUGGACUUCAUGUUCCGCGCCCAUCGGGAAGAGAAACAAAGAUUACAUCAAGGAGCGCCGCUGGACCCCGCCUCCGACUACCCGCACAACACCUCUCCCCCACGUCCACGUGUACGCGACCCAAAUGCGUCAAUUGCGUCAUCGGCACCGCCGGCGAGCCGACUGGGCUUUGCGAAACAUUCAUUCGGCGGCAUACAUAGCUCCGAACUUGACGGCACACCAGGCCGCCCAAUGGGCCCAGCUUUUUCGACCCCAUACCAGGAACGGAUCAAGGCUGCUCGAUCCAGCUCGUCUCGGCCUCAGUCACAACCAGGGCGCCAGGAUACCGCGGGACCACAACAGCCUUCUGACGACCCGACCGAGGCUUUGAAGAAGUUUCUAUUCGGGGGCAACAAGCCUCAGGAAUCAACCCACACGGCUGCUCCUUCGUCUGCUACCGGGACUCAGGCUAGUCCACGCGACUGGGAACCGGCACCUGCUCUAUCCGCCCCAUCGGGGAACCCUGACACCUCCCGGACCGGCGAUUUUCAGGCACUGGAAAACGACUUGCGGAGGAUUUUGAAGUUGGAUAUGGCCCCUGACGCCUCAUCGCCUGACAGCGCGCAGUGGCAAGGCUACAUGAAGAUGGAUUUGCAAUCCAACUACUGGUCGCGGCUGUUCUAA